AUGGAGACAAGGCUAAGACUUGUGUGGGCUCACAAGGUGAUCGGUGCCUUGAACAUCCAGCCUCCCCGACCCCUCUCCCCAGAGUUCCAACAGAUAGUUAACAAGUCACAUGGCGUCAUCAUCGUAUCAUUCGGCUCAAAUAUCGCAGCCAUUGCUGACAAGGAAGUCGAUGUUUUGGCAGAGGCGUUCGGUCGACUGGAAGAGACAGUCUUCUGAAGACAAAAAGGGUACAUUCCGGCCAAUCUGAGUCCGAAUAUCAAAACCGUUGAAUGGCUUCCUCAGAAUGAUCGUCUGGCAGAAAAGCGCGUCUUUGUGUCACAUCUUGGCCGGAACAGCUUGUAUGAGUCCGGCUAUCGCGCGAUACCUUUGGUUGGCAUGCCACUCUUUGCAGAUCAGUUUGACAACGCUGUGCUUAUGGAAGAUAAGGAACUGGAACUAGCAGUCGAUUUCCACACGGUAACGGCUGAUUAAUUGUCCCGAACGAUACGCCGAGUUAUCGACGAGCCCCGGUUCAAAGAAAACGCGGCGCGUAUUUCCCGCCUGAUGCAGGACCGCCCACGCUCACCGACAGAGGAAGCUGCUGAUUGGAUUGAAUGCACAUUACGUCAUGGAAAAUUGACACAUCUUCGCCCCGCCUCCGUCCACCUGACCUGGUACCAGUAUUUUCUUCUUGACGUCAUGCUCUUCUUGGCCGUGGUUCUGCUGUCUGUUGCCAUGGUGAUUUGACUUGUUUUUAGACUUAUCUGCUCGUGCUGUUGUCGAAAGCAAGCGAAGACAAAGACGCAAUAGAAGGCAGAGACGCAAUAGAAGGCAAAAACCUAGUUGAGACAUUUGUCCCUGGAGUCUUUUUCACCAUCUGUAGUACCUAUCAUUUCUUUUAGUCAGAAGUUUUCAUUUUCGCCAUUUGUAAAAAUGCUAAAAAUGCUUAAAAAUAUACAUCUUCAA